AUGGAAUCAUAUGAGACCAUUACAACAAACUUUUUGAACUAUAAUCUGGAAGAGCUGAUGAAAAUGGAAAGAUACGUUUGCUUUGAUAAUAUUGCUGAAGAUUCUAUACAAGCAUUACCCAAUAAUGAUAUCAAGGAGAAAACCGAUAAUGAGAUAUUAACUUACCAAGAUUCAGAAAACCCUUAUGAUAAUAUGCCAGUUAAACAAGCAGAAUUUUCUGAAUCCACCACUAAUAGUGCUGUAGAUGAAAACCAAAUCUUAUUAGAAGAAGAUAAUGAAAACAACGAUUGUGAAGUAUUAGACAAUGAAACAAUUAGUAUUAAAGCUCCACAAGGUUAUGCAGACUUAUUUCCUAAUUGGUCUAGUUCUUUUGUUGUAGUACAAAUCUUUCCUAACGCAUAUUGUUAUAGUUAA